AUGAAUCCAGAUAACACAAAAUGUUGCGGACAGCCAUGGUGUGUACGGGAUGCUUGCGGUAUAACAUGUGCCGUAAUCACCUGGCUUCUUAUUUUUUAUGGUGAAUUCUGCGUUGUAAGCGUAAUGAUGGCUGCUUGGCCGAAAUACGUGGUACAUCAGUCGCUAAACCUGUUGAUUUUUCACAUUCUUGCUUUCCUUGCUGUAGCGUCUCAUGUAAAAACUAUGUUGACAGAUCCAGGAGCUGUCCCAAAAGGGAAUGCCACUGAUGAAUUUAUUGAAAGGUUGCAGCGUCAAAGCAAUGUGGCUAUUUAUAAAUGUGCAAAAUGUAGCAGUGUGAAACCGGAAAGGGCCCAUCACUGUAGUGUCUGUAAUCGUUGUGUUAGAAGGAUGGAUCAUCACUGUCCGUGGGUAAACAACUGUGUUGGUGAAGGCAACCAAAAAUUUUUUGUUCUUUUUACAUUAUAUAUAGCACUAUUGUCAAUACAUGCUCUUUACUGGACAGUAUGGCAAAUCGUCUCUUGUGUAGGUAGCGAUUGGCAGGACUGUUCGUUCUACAGCCCCCCGGUAACCACAUUACUCUUAAUUUUCCUUCUUUUUGAAGGACUGCUGUUUUCGAUAUUCACACUUGUUAUGUUUGGAACUCAGCUCAGUUCAAUAUGCGCUGAUCAGACCGGUAUUGAAUCCUUGAAGGAUGAGCGUUUUUCUAAAGGCCCGGACGGAUGGAAAAAUCUGCAGAUGAUUUUUGGUGGUCCUUUUUCAUUGAAAUGGUUGAGUCCUUUUGUAGCGCCGUAUGUCAGUAAACCCACAUUCGAGUAUUCUGUGUAA